CACGACAAGUCCGCCAAGCUAGCAGGUUAAGGUCGGCCGUCAUGAGUUUCGUUAGAAUCUAUAUCGCCACAUUCCUAUUGAUACACGGGCUCUGCAAUGCGGAGACUACCGGAAGCAGAGAUAUCAAGGUGAACGACUCCGACAGCAUCGAACGUCCCAUUACCGAUGAUGCUGCCGAUGUUCCAGAUGCCGAGAGAAGAAAGGAAGAGGAAGAGGAGCAAAGGGAAAAUGUUGAGGAAAUGCUGCCAAUCUUACCGCCGAUAAUACUUCUAGACUUUGAUAACGGUACUAUCGAAGAUAAUGCGACCGAUGAGAAGUCAAAACGCACCGUGAAUAACGGCCUUGGGAAUUACGGUUUCGACCGGAAUUCCCUGCUUGCCCCACGAAAGUACAAUUAUUACUUUCCUGCGGGAAAGACCGGAACCACAGUGAGCAUAGAAGAAUCCAUCAGCCCGUUUCUUCCGAGGACCAUAAUUGAAAAGAUACCGCCGAGCAAUCGGAAACCUAUUUCUGGCUCAAUUGAUUUCGAACAACAGGGGUCCCGUGCUUCGACAGGAUCGAACUAUCAGUAUUAUAAUUCCAUGAUAAAAUCACCACAAGUAUUUGGGCUACGAACGAAAUUGACGAAGACAUCCGAUUCUGAAACUUAUCAAGGAUUCACGCCGAUCGCCAGACCCUCCGUUGAUGCGUACUCGAAUGCAGACUUUCAGGACGGUGUAUACACGUCUACAACGCCACAAUCUUUGACGUUUGGUCCUGCAGAAGCAAUAACGUCGAGUUACGUCACUCAAGAUCCACGAAGUUAUACAGCCUCCAGUUCAAGUCGAUAUACCUACGUCACUCCGAAUCCGUCGUCGUACAUCCAAAAAUAUCUGGGACAGAGUUCUCAGCACACAAUAAACGUGCAGAGUUACUCCAGACCGAAGCAAGGUGCAACAAAAUCCUCGACGUCCAAUCCUCAUGAGGCUGCUGCUUUCUCGGAACAUCUAAAUUCUCGUGAUUACGCAAGACCAGGUUCGAACACGGUGGAAUCAUCGACUCCCGGGUCCAAUGAUGCGUCUAGCUACCCGGAGGACGCUAGACCGUUCCCCAAUUUGUCCCGAUAUACGGUGGAAAACGGUGUCAGAUACGAAAACAAGAUAUUCUGGAAAUAUCCAGACGGCAGAGUGUCCGACGAGCCGCCUAAGACGUACGAGACUUACUCCGAAUAUCCAUCGUUGGCCGCAUUACAGGCAGCUAAGGAUCAGGACGCCUCGCAGGUCUACGUAUCUGCCUCUACGGAGAGCAGCGUGAUGUCACAGGGCCCAGUGCAGUUCCCGUUGGCGCCGGAAUCCUCCGGUUCAAGAAUCCCGUUCAUCUCGGCUAAUUCCCUGUCCCGUCUGCAGCAGCAGCAGCAAGCGUUUCGACUGGGCUAUCAAAGUUUCAUUAACCAGAAGCAGGCUGCUUUGCAGCAAGUCAAAGCUGGCAGCGGAGUUUCGCCCAUAUAUUCAGUCCCCUCGACAACCCUGUCGCCGAGGAAUCCUCUCAAGUCAACCGGGAAAAGUCCGAAGAAUCGAUACGAGACGUUGAGACCGAUCUCGAAAUACAUGGUGAACAGUCCGAAUCCGGAAUACGUUAACAACGCGGAGAAGAGUGCGAAACCUACCAGACUUUUCACUUCAUCAGCUGGCAGCAAUUUGGCUAAAAAGAACACAGAAGACAAGAAUCUGGACAGCUACUCGAAUCUACAGUACUCGGAUUUAUUGAAUUACAAUCCGUCUAUAUCGCAGUAUAUCAAGAAUCCUGCAUCUAUUCUCAAUGUGCAACCAACCUUCGUGCAAGCCGGGAGCUCCUUGAUACCCGUGAUUAUUCUAAGAGUGGACGGUGUGCCACCUAUACAACGCAAGGCAACGCCAAACAUGAACUUAAAAGCCUUGUUGCAACAAUAUCUCGUUCAAUAUGCCAAAAGUAUUGAGGAAUUAGCACAACAGUCCAAUUACGAUCUCGGUGACGAUCAAUCCCCGAAGGAUCAAAGUUCGUUCUCCACCAGUCCUCUGCGCGAACUGGCGCGAUUGACAUCAAAUGAUCCUCGGGAUUUGAUCGGCAAUCCUACAGAAUCCUACUUCGGCAAGUCGAGUUACGAAACGAGCAAUCUGGAUGACGAAAAAAGUCCUUCAAGUGGAAAAUAUGGCGAGCGUACGGCGGCCCGGCCGAAAGUGAAAAGUGUGCAGAUCAUAGAAGAUCCAAUUGAUCCAAGACUCGCAAAUCAUAGACUUUAGAACGAAAUCACUUGUAAACAAUA